AUAAAAUUUGAUUUCAAUGUUUUUAAUAUUGAAGCAGGCUGGGAAGUCAAUGGAUGCUGUCGUCAGGAAGAAUGAGGAGAUGCUGGGUAGUAGAAUGCUGCUAAAUGCUGCAGAGAAGAAUGUUGUCAAUAUUGUUCACAAUUACUUGGAGCCCUUCUACAAAGUCAACAGUGAGAUAUGUGUAAACAACCCGUCUACUAUUGGGAUGGUUAUUGUCUACAUGGAUCACAUUUCUGGUACAAUUGCAACACGUCAACCACCUGAUUGGCUAAAGAGUGCUGCUGAAGACAUGGUCAAAAAGCUCAUAAGUUUCAACAACCAGGUUUGCAACAUAUUUAUAUACAUGACAGCCAUUCUUGAUCCCUGAAUUAAAUGCGAACUCAUACCUGAGAGUCUGAACUUGGAAAACUAUCUAGUGGAAGCAAGCGUCCACUUCAUGAGAAAUUAUUAUACCAGCCAUUUUUCAACCAUGACAAGUGGUUACUCUGCUCAAGAUAUUGAAGAUGAAGUGUUUCUUUUUGCUCAAAAGAAGCGGAGAGCAAGCAUGAGCAAUGCCACUGAUGAACUAACUCAGUAUCUCUCCGAGUCUCCAGCUCCUGCAAAGACAGAUGUUUUGGAGUGGUGGAAGGCCAACAGUACCCGCUACCCUCAGCUCUCUGCGAUGGCUAGGGACUUCUUGGCUCUCCAAGCAACUUCAGUGAAACCCGAGUAACUAUUUUGCACUAAAGGUGAUGAGGUUGAUAAGCAGCGUUUUUGUCUGCCACAUGAUUGCACACAAGCAAUCCUUUGUAUUAAGUCAUGGACUCAAGGAGGUCUCAAGUUAAAGUACAAGUCAACUGAGAUAGACUAUGAGAGAUUGAUGGAAUUGGCAUCCGCAGCAGCUGCAGAUAAUACCUCAGCUGGUAUUGGUAAGAAACAAAAGUGA